AUCCCGAUUUCGAUCAAAAUAGAAUAGAUGUGGGCGGUGUUCUUCGCGUUCGCGACGCUCUUCCUCGUCUGCUUCGGGAUUGGGAUGAUGUUCACGGUCUACGUCUGUUUGAUGUGGUCGGCGAUGCUCGGAGACCAACCAGAGGCGGCGGCGAUGGCAGCGGAAGGGAAGGCGGGUGCGGGGCUGUCGACGGCGGAGCUGGAUCAGCUCGCGGCCGUCGUCGUCGGAGCGGGGGUGGGACCGCGUGGGCAGGAGUGCGCAGUCUGCCUGGAAGAGAUCGAGGAGGGGCAGGCGGCGCGGGUGCUUCCCGGUUGCCUCCACGCGUUCCACCAGGAGUGCGCGGAUCGGUGGCUGGCGGAACAUCGGGAAUGCCCCCUUUGCCGUACCGUCCUUUGUCCUCCGCCGCCGACGCCGCCUCCUGCUGCCGCGCAAGUGCAGGUGGUUGUGGCGUAGCAACUGAACUGCGCGAAUUUUGGCAAUUUCCCCCAUUUUUAAAAAUUAUUUUACCGUUUUUUACCUAUUUAAAUUAGAAAGGUUUGAAUAUUUAUUGAAUUAAAAAAAACUAUUAUUGGUAUUCACAA